GGGAGGAAGGCGAGGGGAGGAGAGAGGAGAGGGAGGAGAGGCGAGAGGAGAGGAGAGGGAGGAGAGGGGAGGAGAGGGAGAAGGGGGGAAGGGGAGGAGAAAGGGAGGAGGGGGAGAGAAGGGGAGGAGAGGGGAGGAGAGGGAGGAGAGGGAGGAGAGGGGAGGAGAGGGAGGAAGAGGAAGAGGGAGGUAGAAUGCAUACAAAAAUUGUUUUAAAC